AUGGCUGCUCGGCCGCGGAGGCGUAUCUCUAGAAUUGCAAAGCAGCCACGGGGUGACUUCUGUGAUGGGGCUAAGAAGGCGAUUGAUGAACCUUCUUUUACGACUUCCAUGGAGUGGGACACGCAGGUGGUGAAAGGGUCUUCGCCGGUCGGCCCCGCAGGGCUGGGGCUGGAGGAGCGGCCGUCCCGCCCGCGGCUGCCGCGAUGGCUGCAGCCCGAGCGGUGCGCGGUGUUCCAGUGCGCGCAGUGCCACGCCGUGCUCGCUGACUCUGUGCACCUCGCCUGGGACCUGUCGCGGUCCCUCGGGGCCGUGGUCUUCUCCAGAGUCACAAAUAACGUAGUUUUGGAGGCUCCGUUCCUAGUUGGCAUUGAAGGCUCGCUCAAAGGCAGCACUUACAACCUUUUAUUCUGUAGUUCCUGUGAGAUUCCCAUUGGAUUCCACCUAUACUCUACCCAUGCUGCCUUGGCUGCCUUGAGAGGCCACUUCUGCCUUUCCAGUGACAAAAUGGUGUGCUACCUCUUAAAAACAAAAGCCAUCAUAAAUGCAUCUGAGAUGGAUAUCCACAUCAUCCCUCUAGCAGAAAAGGUUGCAGAGCUGAAAGAGAAGAUAAUGUUAACACAUACCCGCUUAAAUUCACUCAUGAAAAUUCUGAAAGAAGUGCCUCCUGACCAGUCCAAGCUAACAAACUAA